GCACAGACUAUCUAAAAAAAAUUGUAUUCUAAUGUCAAAAAAGCUGACAUAUCGCAAAUGUAACUUAUGUCUAAAAUCUAAUGUCAUAUCGUUAACUAAACAGCCAAGGUCACAACAUUCAGUUACGCGCAUGUUUCUUCCGAUAAAAUUAUUAAAUUUAAAAAUUUCGAUUCAGUUCGCUCUCAUAUUUCAUGUGGAAUCGUUUGUUCGGCCCCGUGAGGACAUAUAUUGCAAGAAUGCUGCCGGAAGUAGUCUUUGUCUUGGGUGCACCCGGCGCCGGUAAGGGAACUCAGUGUACAUUUAUAUCCAAAGAAUUUGGAUUUAUUCAUUUAUCGGCUGGCGAUUUACUACGAGAGGAGCGACAGAGGCCUGGUUCAGAAUAUGGUGAAAUGAUUGAGGAGAAAAUUCGCAACGGAGAAAUCGUACCAGUUGAGGUUACGUGUUCAUUAAUUCACAAAGCUAUGGAGAAGUCGGGAAAGUCGCGGUUUCUUAUUGAUGGGUUUCCGCGUAAUAAAGACAAUUUAGAGGGUUGGGAACGCGUUAUGUCCGAUAAAACGAAACUUCUAUUCGUGUUAUUUUUUGAGUGUUCGCGAGAUUUGUGCACCGAUAGGUGUUUAGGACGUGGCGCUGCUGGCAGCGGGCGUUCUGAUGACAAUAUUGAAAGUUUAAAGAAAAGGUUCAAUACAUAUUUAAAUGAUACUAUGCCCAUUAUUGAUCAUUAUGACAAGCAGGACUUAGUAUGCAGGAUCAAUGCUGAAGUGAGUCCACAAGAAGUAUUUGCUGAUGUAAAAAAAUGUUUCACAGCUUUAGGCAUACAAAGUAUAGAUAAGUAAUAUU